AUAAAAUUGAAAACAAAUUUUGCAUUUCAAGAGAGAACAAUCCUCAUUCUUCUGGUAUAUGUGAUGCCAAUCUCCAGAAAUCUCCAGAUUGCGUUCCAGCGCCUCCAGUGAAACCUCUGGUAGAGCCUCCAGUCAAGAAUUUCUACUGGAGGCGCUGGAACAGGCCCUAUGUCUACAGAAGUCUGCAGCUGCAUAGUGUCUGCGGCGUUGAGUCGCGGAUUUAGAGGGCAUCAUAUGACUCAGCCAAGGGCUACCAUAUGAGCUCGGAGUACUAAACUGCCAAGAACGAAUAUGGGAAGGUAUUGGCCAAGAAACCGGUUACGUGAAAAAGAAACGCGAUUUUGCAAGCACCGUUCAUGACUUCAGUUACAAAAGCCUGAAACAAAAACAAUUUUCAAAACAAAAACUACAGGAGCUGUUCUUCCGUCGUAGUCAAAUGCUUUGUUUCCAAAUUUAGUCUAAAUCUACCGAGAAUCCGCCUAGAAUUUCGGGUUUCGCCUAGGACUGUGCGCCACGGAGCUUUGCUUUCGGUUGGUGAAACACGUGAACCACCACGUAUUUUGUGCAUAGUGUGAACACAGUGUGGGGGUGAUUUAUUUAGGGUUGUGUGAAUUGUCAGCAAUUAACCAUUGUUAGUGUGUCGAAUUAAGAAUUGGAUUGGUGUUCAAGCAAGGCUUUUGAAUAAGGAUUCCUAAUCGAUAUCUUUUCAUGCAAGAAUGUCUGACUCCGUGGAGGAGUGGGAUGUCGAGCGGGUGCGGCAAUGGCUACACGAGCACGGCUUCUCCAGCUACACAAACCUGCUCUGCGAUCGGCACCGGCUGGAUGGCAGCUGUCUGCUGAUGCUGACGGAACAGGACCUCAAACAGCCACCACUAGAAAUCAAGGUUCUGGGGGACGUGAAGCGCCUCUGGCUGCGGCUCUGUGAGCUGCAGGGCGCCGGCGCCCGUCCCUCGGCAGCGCUGGGCUCGCCCCGGAAACAGUGCCGGAUCGCGGCGGUCGAGUCGAGCGACACAGAUGCCGUGGAGGAGGUCCCCGAGAGGGAGCGCGCGCUGCUGGGCUACGCCACCUCCCUCCGGCCGGAGCGGUUCAAGGCCGUGCUGUCCAUGCUGUACCUCCUUCUGGUCACCUGGAUCACCUCCUUCGUCAUGGUCAUCGUGCACGAUCGGGUGCCCGACAUGAAGCGCUACCCCCCGCUGCCGGACAUCUUCCUAGACAACAUUCCGCAUAUUCCGUGGGCGUUCGGAAUCUGUGAACUGAUCGGUACAACUCUGCUGGUCAUCUGGAUAUCCGUCCUGCUCGUGCACAAACAUAGGUUUAUAUUGAUCCGCCGUUUCAACUCGCUCUGCGGCACCGUGUACCUGCUGCGCUGCGUGACGAUGCUGAUCACUUCGCUGUCCGUGCCGGGAGCCCACCUCUCCUGCGCGCCAAGGGAGUACGGCGACAUAUACGCCAAGCUGUACCAGGCGUACAGCAUCUGGCAUAAUGCCGGUCUCAGCAUCCAGGGCGUCCGCUCCUGUGGUGACUACAUGUUCUCGGGACAUACUGUGGCGUUGACCAUGCUCAACUUCUUCAUCACUGAGUACACGCCGCGCCGAAUCUACUUCCUGCACACGUUCACUUGGCUGCUGAACGUGUUCGGCGUGUUCUUCAUCCUCUCUGCUCACGAGCACUACUCGAUCGAUGUGUUCAUCGCCUUCUACAUCACGUCCCGGCUCUUCAUGUACUACCACACCCUGGCCAACAAUCAGGUGAAACGCAAGCGUGCGGACGAGAAGCGCACGCGGAUCUGGUUUCCGAUGUUCAGCUAUUUCGAGGCCAACGUCCACGGCACGGUGCCCAACGAAUUCGAGUGGCCCGUGACUCGAGAGUGGCUCGCUUCGAUGGCGUCAGCUGCCGUGGAAAAGGCCAGACAUCUGGGGGUGUUGGGAGGGGGAGGGAAGUUGGGUGUGGGGGGAGGGAGGGAGAUGAACGGGGGAGGGGUGAGGAAUGGUGUGAGGAAACACAGGCAUAGGCGCUGAUAAGGGAAGGAGAAAGGAUGAGGGUGUGACUUGUGAGGAUUGGAAGUUGAUGAGAUAAUAUGUGUGAUGAGGUGACGUGAUGAGUGAUCAUGUGAGGCACGAAGUGUGAUGUGAUAUGGUAUGUGUUAUGUGAUAUGUCAUGUGACGUUAUGUGUGAUGUGAUGUGACGUGAUGUGUGAUGUGAUGUGAUGACGGUGAUGAAAUCGCUUGGCGAAUGUGUGAUGUGUUGUGUCGUGUGCGAGGCAUUACUCUGUGGGUUGUAUGUGUCACUUGACUCACUAUAAUAAUUUAUAUGAGUGAGUUAAGUGACUCCCAUUAACUCCCCUCAGCUGAUUCAUUGAGUCAGCCGUGUGAAUGAACACCUCUAAGGUGACGUAAGACGAACGAUGACGUAUAUUGACUGAUGGCGUAAUCAAUGACGCCAUAGUUUGGUGUUACGGUGUAAUUAUUGAAGCGGAGGAUUGUGAUCCCAAUGCUUACAAUCAAUAUCCGGAUUGUGCUGAUUAUCCUAUAAAUUUACACUGAAUAUAGGGGUUGUAGCGUGUAUCGAAGAUGAUAUUGAACGCACAUGAGCUGUAGAUUGCUUAUGAAGGAGGAUUGCUUGAGAAAAUGAGGUAACGCGCAAAGUAAAGCAGGUGUUGAGCAACUUGGAAAUUUACAUAUGAAAUGCUUCUGAUAAAGUUUGGUUGGUUUGGAAAAUUACUUGCAUGUUUUUUUUUCUGUAAAAUAACGUCGAAAGCAUCAUUAAACUGCAUAUCUUGUGACGUAAGAGAUGAAACAGCUGUAGUUACGUACCAUUUUUCUUUGUCGCGUUCGUGGUCAAAAUUUUCUUCAUCAUACUAUAAAAUUCGUUGCUACUGUCUUUCUGCAAUCAUGAGUUGAGUUCGUCCCAGUCCGUUCCUAUCGUCAAUCUGUACAAGGCAUCGUGAAUAAUUUAACAGCAUGGACGCCUAUUUCUGCUAAGUUCUGAUACGGAUUUGUAUGUAUUUAUCGCAUAUUUGCACUCAAUCUUAUGCUUUGAUGUUGCACUAUUGCACACACGAUGCUACACAUAUAUACUUCUGCUCUGUGAUUUCUUUUGUUGCAAUCCUGUCGCAUUAUGUGGAAGUGAAGGCAAUUUGUAGUCGAUGAAAAUGCCAAUCAGAUGAUCUUACGAUUGGCCUUUGUAGCAAUCAUGGACACAACGCACAUGUAUGGAUUGAUAUGAAACUACCCAUGAUUGUCUCGAUCUCGCAUCAAGAUUGAAACGAAUGUGCUCGCAAAGCUGGCGCCUGGAGCGUGCGCGUCUAUGUAUGUGUUAGUUGGGUUAGAAUUGGGUGUCUUUGUGUGAAUAUCCAUCCACAACUCAGCCUUUGGUGAUAUAUGUAAACGCGUCUAUCAAAUGCAUCCGCUCAACAAUUCUUCCUACUGCGUAUUGCCGAUACUGUGAGACAGUGAAAAUCACGCACGUGCUUUAGUUAGCGGGAGAUUAUCGGAGUAGUGAGAUUCUAGUCGAUAGCUCUGUACGGUGAUUAGCUUGGUCUCCUGAUUGUUACGUUAGGGGCAUUUGUUUAGUUUGGGUUAGAAGUGGCUUUAUGACAAUAUGUUUAAGUGCAUAAAUCACUGAGACAAGUUGGCGAGAGAGUGAUUUGUUCAUCUAAGACAGAAGGCUGAUUCAGCUUCUAAUGAUCGUUGUACUCGAUUCAACCAACUGUAUGGCAUUAUAUUAGGGUAGCUAGAAGUGGGGGGUAUGUGUUAGCCGGUAUUUGUUAAAGCUUGUCACGUCAUAAUAUGUUCCUGUUAUCACACACCCUGUGUUUGUCUUGGUAUGUUCCUUCGGUUGCUAUACCGCAAACAUCCUGUGCUUCGUGUCAUUUCAGUAUUUUCAAAUCAUUUGAUGACCCAGAUAUAUUGCAUUGACUAGCGACCGCUCAGCUUAAUGUAGGCAUUGUCAGUAAGUCACUUUAUCAGGUAUCCUUAAUACGGUUAAAAUCGCAUGCAACCUUCGUAUGAAUCAAGUCGACACCUUAUUUCUACUCCACCGUUGUCCGUCACUGGCCUCGUGCUCGUUUUCCAAUGCACUCAGCUUUUCAUUUCACAUACCCCGCUUGCCACCCGCCGAAUUCAGUGUGUCUCAGUACCCUGUAUGUACCUGUCCAAACCAAUGAUAUUGUCCAGUAGCUUCAGCGCACGACCCAACCGAGCUUUGUGUUCUGUUUGUCCGUUUGUAGGUUAUUCUUGUCGUGAAAACGCGGACAGUUGUGUUCAUACUCUCAUACAGCAGCGGGCUUUGACAGCAGCUGUAUACAAGAAAGCGGCCUCCGUUCGAAUUAUUCACCACCGCUUUCGUCAUUUUAGCACCCGUUACCAAAAUAUCACGCUGCUUGUAUGUAUCAAUCACAUGGGAAUGCUCGUCUGGCUACCGCCCUGUUCCGAUACGCGGAAACCGCGAGUCUAUAUCGACGCGAACUGUAUUUACUGUUCAUGUGGUGCUACCAACGCUCAAUGCUUCACAAUCGGCUCAGCUCAGGUGAUGGUCGAACGGGGUGCGUUUAAUACAGGCAUUUCCUAUGAA